GGACUGGUGUAGUGAAGGGCCGUCCGUUCCUGUACAGACUGCUGCUUCAGUAUCAUGAACAACUCUGCUCCUUCCUCGACACCAAGAAGAUCACCCCAGACUCCUACACUAUACACUGGCUAGGCAGUCUGUUCUCCAGUCACUGCCUACCAGAGGUGACUCAGGCCAUGUGGGACUUUUACCUCCAACAGGCCGACCCCUUCCUCAUCUUCUUCCUCCUGCUCAUCAUCCUCGUCAACGCCAAGUACACACUAUUACAACAAAGAAGGGACAGUAAAGAAGAUAUCAUCAAGAUGUUGGAGGACUCUCCUGCCCUGUUAGAGGCUGAUGAUAUAGAAGACCUGUUCUCUCUGGCAAGUAUUACUGGAGCAAGACCCUCUGUCUCUGAGAAAGGUAAAAACCAGAACUUGUUUGGGUCCAGCCUGGUGGCACUGAAGGAGGAAGACAUGGAUCUGAGUCAGGCUCUCUGUCUCCCUGUGUCUGUCCCUGAGAUCCUGCAGGCCAACCAGCUGCAGCCUGAAGGGGUUCGGUUCUUUGUGGUGGACUGUCGACCUGCUGAGCAGUACAACGCUGGACACCUCUCUACUGCCUUCCACCUGGACUCAGACUUGAUGCUGCAGAACCCGUCAGAGUUCAGCCUAUCAGUGAAGUCCCUCCUGGAGGCCCAGAAACAGAGUCUAGAGUCUGGCUCCAUCGCCAGUGGAGAACACCUCUGCUUCAUGGGUUCAGGGAGGGAGGAGGAGGACAUGUACAUGAACAUGGUGCUGGCACACUUCCUACAGGUAGGAGAAAUGUCUUUCACUCUCCCCUGGCCAGAGAAGGGGGUCCCUGACCGACAUGUGAGCAGUAGUGACCGGGUUGGAAAACCUUACAGAGGAGUGAAGCCUGUGUUCAGCAUCGGUGAUGAGGAAGAGUAUGAUACAG